AGCCCUCGGUGGGCGGAGGCGGGGCCGCGCAUGCGCCUGGCACCGGAGGCGGCGGGGCCCGUUGGGAGCGUAUGUGCACGCUCGCCGCUCGCGUGUGGUGGGCAGCGCGCGAGGGGUCGGGAGUGUGCCGGCCUCUGGACGGGCUCGCGCGCUGGCCGCCGCCAUGCUCGCCAUCAUCGAGCGAGAGUUCCAGGAGAUCGAAGCCACUAACGACUGGCAGGCGCGUUAUCUGGAAAUUCGACAUAAAUCCAGUGACUACCCUCACAGAGUUGCAAAAUACCCAGAAAACAAAAAUCGGAACAGAUACAGAGAUGUUAGUCCAUAUGAUCAUAGUCGUGUAAAACUGCAGAACGCCGAGAAUGACUAUAUCAAUGCCAGCCUAGUGGUCAUAGAAGAAGCUCAGAGAUACUAUAUUUUAACACAGGGUCCACUGCCUAAUACAUGUUGUCAUUUUUGGUUGAUGAUAUGGCAGCAACAAACCAAAGCAGUUGUUAUGCUGAACAGAAUUGUUGAAAAAGAGUCGGUGAAGUGUGAACAGUACUGGCCAACAAAAGAAGAAGAAGUUAUGACAUUCAGUGAAACAGGUUUCCGUGUGAGGCUGGUAUCUGAAGAUGUCAAAUCGUAUUACACAGUACAUCUACUGCAAUUAGAAAACAUCAACACUGGCGAGUCCAGGAUGAUCUUUCAUUUUCAUUAUACUACAUGGCCAGACUUUGGAGUUCCUGAAUCCCCAGCUUCAUUCCUGAACUUCCUGUUUAAAGUCAGAGAAUCUGGCUCACUAAGUCCGGAACAUGGACCUGCAGUAAUUCACUGCAGUGCAGGGAUAGGACGUUCCGGCACAUUUUCGUUAGUAGACACUUUUCUUGUUCUGAUGGAAAAAAAAGACUCACCUUCUGUAGAUAUUAAGAAGGUUUUACUGGAUAUGAGGAAAUAUCGAAUGGGACUUAUUCAGACUCCUGAUCAACUAAGAUUUUCAUAUAUGGCUGUAAUAGAAGGAGGAAAACUUAUAAAGGGGGAUUCAACUAUACAGAAACGGUGGAAGGAGCUCUCUAAGGAGGACCAAGAGCCAAGUUCUGAGCAGUCUCCUCCACACCCAACCAAAAUAACCACAGAGAAGUACAAUGGGAACAGCAUAGGCCUGGAGAACAAAAACCAAAUGGAGAAAACAAAUUCUGACCUGUCCAAUAAAGUUCAAGAUAUCACAGAUGGAAACAGUGAAAGUACUGUCCGAAAACGACUGCGGGAUGAUAGAAAAGCUAACACAGCACAGAAGCUGCAGCAGAUGAAGCAGAAGCUAAAUGAGACUGAAAGAAAAAGAAAAAGGUGGUUAUAUUGGCAACCUAUUCUCACUAAGAUUGGGUUUGGUACACUGAUUUUAGUUGGCUCUUAUUGGUGCUGGAAAAUGUAUUUUCAAGAACAUUCCUUGUAAGUAAAGAGUAAGCUCGUCUGCUCCAGCAGCUAAUCCUGCUGCAGGGUGCUGACUAGGGGUAUGACUUUAAGCAGUGAACUCCUUACACCUGGCAUGGGUGCAGACACUUUACAAUAGAGGAGUGAUGUAAACUUGGUAAUGUGUCAACAUCUCAGGACUUCCCACUGCAGGUACUUAGAACUGCGGCCCCCAACACAGUUGAUGGUUUUUGUUUAUAUGAGCAGGUACAAACUUGCUGCAACUGUUUAUACUUUUUAAAAUGGUGUUCUAUCAGAUCUUAAGCAACCCGUAAAACACAGGGGUUUAGCCACUGAAGGCUGGCUGGAUUUAAAUUUAUACACCAGACAUAAGCAAUAAACAGUGUUGUAUCAUUUA